AAGAUGGCUUUGGUGAUCACCCUUAUUACUACUGUCUAAUUGCAGAAGUGCCAGGUAACCAAGAUAAUCAAGGUAAGUUGGACAUUAUACCGGCAUGAUAUCUCUAUCCAUUGUAUAGCCUGCUGUAAUCACAGGACAGAAAAUAUCUAGAAAAAUAACAGAUAACAGGGAAUAGUGACUCAAUUUAGAAUUGGGAAGAUAUUUACGAAACAUAUGCUCUUAUCUCCUUACUGAUUUAAAGGGGAGUUUCUUAGAAGUGACAAGAGAAUGUAAGAGUAACACUUUUAAUGUGAAGACUCAGCAGUAACAGAAGAAAGAACUCUGGAUCUCUUAAGCCAGAUUUGUAUUCCUCUGUUGCAAUGCAUGAGCAUGCGGGGUAGUGAACAGCUGAAGCUAUGAUGUCACUCAAAAAAAGCGCUAAUAGGCAGAGAAGUGGAGAUUGUGAUUACUGGUCUAAAAUGGCUACCACAUUUUACUUUUUGAAUGAAAAAUAAAAUCGAAUGCAUUGUUAUUCCGCCUUUUAGCUCGAUCCAACGUAGGCUUUGCAAUGUAUUACUACACGUAUGAUCCAUGGGUGGGGAAAGUCCUUUAUCUUGAGGAUUUCUAUGUGAUGGAACCAUAUCGAGGUAAGAUGAACACCAAUAUGUUUUCUACAACACUAUCUAUACUGUUAAUGUUCCUGCUUAAUUUGUGUUGGAAGACGACGCAUUUCACACAAUUUCUCUCUUUUGAAUCCAGGACUGGGAAUAGGAUCAGAAAUGCUGAAGAAAUUAUGCCAGGUAGAUCAUUGUUAGAAUCUAAUGCAAAGCUCUGAACAUAUACAGUUUAAGGACCCGAAUGAUUAAAUUUUUGUAGCUAGAUACAUCAUAACCUAAAUGUUUUGCAUGGGCACUAUUUACCUUGGGUCUAUGGAAAUAGUUUAUCAUUGACAACGCACAAACAGUGCCAUACGGCAAAUUUGUCCAGGAUCAAUCACUAAACAGUGAAUGGUCAGAGAUUGAUCGGGGAACUGAGCAGAAUCAGCCCAGCUGGAAAAAAAUCUCCAAUUCCUUGUUCUUUGCAAUUAAUUAAAAGAAAGGUAUGAAAGCGGGGGGUUGGAAGGGGAGGUAGGAAACUCACUGAGAGGUAGCUAAAAUUGAUUUACCUCAGUGCUAUGUGCAUGGAUGUCUGACAAAGAUGACAAACUCUUCUACAGUCAUACAAAGAGUUCUGACAGACAGUGUUUGACCCCCAACGGAGACAUACCAGAUGCAGAUCAAAAGAAGUAAUUUAGUAGACCAUACAGAUGGGUUGUGUUAACAGUCAAUGCAGCAGCUACUGUCUCCAUAGACUACAAUAGAAAAUAGUAAAAUCAUAAGGCAUUCUGUACCCAAUCAAUAUCAUUUUCUCUAUUUCUUUUUAAAGAAAUACCUCUUAGUACUGCCGUUUGAAAAUCUUUUUCGGCAUUAAAAGCUUAGUUUGUGUGAAAGACGGAGAGAGAUUUUCUAAUGGUAUUUGUUAAAGUAGACAAUUGAAAUGUCUCUAUGUAAUAUUUUUCUACACUGAUAACUUGAAUUCUUAGUCUUAAAGCAGGUGUAUGUAAUACUAUAUGUCUUGUCACCAGGAAGCAGUACAGCGCCACUGCACUUGUAUGCAUUUCCUCGUCAUGUCGCAGAACAAGGCCUCAGUAGAAUUUUACAGAAGAAGAGGUGCUACCGAUCUCUCCAACGAGGAAGGCUGGCACCUGUUUACAUUUACCGAAGACAAUCUUAAACGCAUGGCGGCAAACCAAUGAACAUGUUAAGGAUUUCAUCAUCACGCAUCCAUAGGGUGGCUGACUUUUUCUAAAUAUACUUGCUAAGUAGCUCUGCUCCUUAAAAAAAAAUGUUGCUUCUCUAGUAAUAUUUCAAGCAGUCUUGCCCUCCAUGUUAUACUUUAUAUGCAAUUUCACAAACCAAGUGCUUCUCAACCUUUAGCUUCUCCAAUGUUUUUACCCAAUAUCUAACAAGUACUCCCUUACCAUCAGCUUUCCUGUUUUAACGUAGAUUCUCAAAAGGUUUAUGGAUUGUCGAUGAUCGGACAUAACAGAUAUCUACUAGAGUCCGUACCCUGAGUGUCCGUCACUGAUUGCACAUUGUUCAGAUUAAGAAUGAUGAACUGCACCUGUUCAUAAAUGUUUCUGUAACAGGUGAGACGUUAACACUGCAUGCAUUUCAUUGAAAUUUUCUAGUUUGAACACUAUGG